AGGGGAGCAGAGCAGAGGCAGCAGUUUGAGGAGAGAGGUGAACCAGGACGAGAUCUGAGAAAGCAGAGUGAGGAGAACCAGGAGGAGAUCAGAGAUAGCAGAGUGAGGAGAGAGAUAAACCAGGAGGAGAUCAGAGAUAACAGAGUGAGGAGAAUCAGGAGGGGAGCAGAGAUAGCAGGCUGAGGAGAAAGUAGAUCCAGGAGGGGUUCAGAGUCGGCAGAAGGGAGGCCCAUCUGACGCUCAUCUUUCUGGGCUGAACGCUGAGUAAAAGCCCUCCUUUCGGAGCCAUGACAACCAGCAGCUUGAGCGCAGUGGCAAGAGUUUGAGAGCCAACGCCGUGGCAACCAGGACGAAGGCGAGUUUCGGGAGCUCUUGUUCAGGUCCUUUUCAGGGAUGAAGUGAGGGACUUGUGUAGAGAAUAUUACUGCUACUACUAUUACUACUACUACUACUACUUAUACUACCAUUGCACCUUUCUGACAGCCAAGGGGGCACUUUUCAACAUGCCUGUGAUGAAAGGCCUCCUCGCUCCGCAGAACACAUUCUUGGACACCAUCGCCAACCACUUUGACGGAACCCACAGCAACUUUUUGCUGGGAAACGCUCAAGGUCGCCAUGGCUACCCUAUUGUCUACUGCUCGGACGGCUUCUGCGAAUUGACGGGCUUCGUUCGCACUGAGGUUAUGCAGAAGAACUGCGCGUGUCGCUUCCUGCACGGCGAUGAGUCCAGCGAGCGGGCGAUCGCGCAGGUGGACAAAGCGCUCGAGAGCCAACAGGAGUACCAGGGAGAGGUCCGCUUCUACCAGAAGAAUGGAAGUCCAUUUUGGUGCCUCCUGGACAUUGUGCCAAUUAAGAACGAGAAGGGCGAGGUGGUCCUGUUUCUGUUCUCCUUUAAAGACGUCAGCGACUCCUACGGGAAGAGCCAACAUAACAGCAGAAGAAACAGUGUUUCAGAUGCUGCCCACCAGAGCGCAAAGAACAACCGGACACAUUUCUCGCAGGCUCAUGAACGAGGAAGAACAGCGUUUUCACACCUGACCAGUUUGUUCACCAAGAGGGGCAAGGGGAAACUCUCCAAUAGCGUGUUCCAGAAGCCUUCCCUCCCCGAGUACAAGGUGGCGGCGGUGAAGAAGUCCCACUUCAUCCUGCUCCACUACAGCGUCUCCAAGGCUCUGUGGGACUGGCUGAUCCUGCUGGCCACCUUCUACGUGGCGGUCACCGUGCCGUACGACGUGUGCUUCACGGGCCCCGAUGAGGGGGGCGGCGCCCACGGGGAGCAGGACUCCUCCCACGCGGUCUCCCGCGGCGCCGCGGGGAGCGACAUCGCCGUGGAGAUGCUCUUCAUUCUGGAUAUCGUACUGAAUUUCCGGACCACCUAUGUGAGCCAGUCGGGUCAAGUGGUGUACGAUGCCCACUCCAUCUUUCUUCACUACUGCAACACCUGGUUCUUUGUUGAUCUCAUCGCAGCCUUGCCCUUUGACCUCCUGUACGCCUUCAACAUAACAGUGGCGUCCCUGGUACACCUGCUGAAGACGGUGCGUCUGCUGCGGCUGCUGAGGCUGCUGCAGAAGCUGGACCGCUACUCCCAGUACAGCGCCGUGGUGCUCACCCUGCUCAUGUCCGUGUUCGCCCUGCUGGCCCACUGGAUGGCCUGCGUGUGGUACGUCAUCGGACGGCAGGAGAUCGAGAGCAGCGACCCCGUCACCUGGGACAUAGGCUGGCUCCAAGAGCUGGGCAAGCGGCUGGACACUCCGUACAUCAACAGUACCAGCGGGGGGCCGUCCACGGCCAGUGCCUACAUCGCCUCGCUGUACUUCACCCUCAGCAGCCUCACCAGCGUGGGCUUCGGCAACGUGUGCGCUAACACAGACGCCGAGAAGAUCUUCUCCAUCUGCAUCAUGCUCAUGGGCGCCCUGAUGCAUGCGGUGGUGUUUGGUAACGUGACGGCAAUCAUCCAGAGGAUGUACUCCCGGCGGUCGCUGUACCACACGCGCAUGAAGGACCUAAAGGACUUCAUCCGCGUCCACCGGCUUCCUCAGCAGCUCAAGCAGCGCAUGCUGGAGUACUUUCAGGCCACUUGGUCCGUCAACAACGGGAUCAAUGCCAACGAGCUCCUCCAUGACUUCCCGGACGAGCUGAGGGCGGACAUCGCCAUGCAUCUGAACAAAGACAUUCUGCAGCUGCCCGUGUUCGAGCACGCCAGCCGGGGGUGUCUGCGCUCGCUCUCGCUGCACAUCAAAACGUCGUUCUGUGCGCCCGGGGAGUACCUCAUCCGCCAGGGAGACGCCCUACAAGCCAACCAUUUUGUCUGCUCGGGCUCCCUUGAGGUCCUCAAAGACAGCAUGGUUCUCGCUAUUCUGGGCAAAGGAGAUCUGAUCGGGGCCGACCUCCCGGGUAACGACCAGGUGAUCAAGACCAACGCUGAUGUGAAGGCGCUGACCUACUGUGACCUGCAGUACAUCAGCGUCAAGGCCCUGAGGGAGGUGCUGCGGAUGUACCCCGAGUACGGCAGGCGCUUCAGCGCUGACAUCCACCACAACCUCACCUACAACCUGCGGGACGGCAGCGAACUGGACGGAAUGACAAGAUGCCCACGCUCCCCCAGGCCAACACAGGAGCGAGACGGUUGGGAGCGCAAGGUGCCCAUCAUCUCCGGCGCAGACCACGCAGAGAAAGGUGAAGACGUGGAGCUCCCUCAUCACAGGGGGGUGCCCCUGCUGCACGGAAUGGGAAGCCCCGUUCGCCAGCCCGGCCUCAGUAACCUGUUGGGGGAGGAGCUUGGUCACAUCAACUCCCUCCGCGUAUGUCGCUCCCCUGUCCAGGGCGGCGGUCGAAGUGAAAUACCCUCACCGCUCCUGCUCAUCAACGAGGAGGGCCGACCUGCGCCGAUGCUGAAUAUCUCUCAAGACCUGGAUUUCAAUUGUCGACAAACCAACAAGUUGCUCGAUCCAACUCUGAAUUCAGUCAGCCCAUUAGACCUCAGCCCCAGGGUGGUGGAUGGAAUCGAGGACAACAGUCCUUCUUUUCAUUUUAAUGUGGAGCACAAUGAGGCAAGGACGAAUGAAAAAGACCCUUACCAGAUAAGUGCUAACCUGCUGCUAGAAACAGAAGAUAUAAAACAGAAUAUCGGCAAAUUAAACAAAGAGAUGUCCAGCCUCAAUCAAGAGGUAUCCAACUUGUCCAAGGAGCUGCAGGAAAUGAUGCAUUUCCUGCAGAGUCAUGUGACCAUGCUGCAUCAAACCUCUCUGCCAUCCAAGUGCUCCUAUGGCGUACAGAUGGUCCCCGCGACCGGCGGGACCCCCUCCGACUGGCAGAACCAAGUCCCUUACGGUGUUCCCAACUGGCCUACCGGCUACCACCACCAUGAGCCCGUCAGCCACCCGGCCAGGAACCUGUGGGGCUGCUCCGAGGCCCGCGACAGUACCCCUCUGGGCCAGAAGGGGAAGCAUUUCUGCCACCCAUCCGGUUCCAUCCCCCCGUCGUGCGUGCACCAGUGUUGCUCUGAAAGCGGCCCGACGGGCCCCGAGCACAGGUUUCAGAGUCGAUGCCAGGGUCCCUUACAGAGUUCCAGAACCCCGCCCACCUCCCCUUACAUGAGCCACUUAGCUGGCCAAGCAGCAGGCCCGCCCGCACCUCCGGGUCUCGUCCCGCUCUGCCAAGGGUUCCCUGGCCACGGUCCUGAACUCCGGCUGGUUUAUAAGACCUCCUUGUCAGCCAUGAGCAGCUUUCCUCUGUGUUCCUCCGGAGGUCUUAGUAAGUCCCAUCCCUCUCUGAGCAGACAGGUUGGCACCGGCCACACCCGGUCUCCAGCACCCCUUCCUCACUCCACCACGCCUACCGGCCUGCUUCCACAGCAGCUGGACACCACCUUCGGUGCGUUGACACCCAUGACGCAUUGUGCCCAUGUAAGCAUCGCACAGGACAAGGGCCACCAUGGAGCCCUCACCGGCCCCAGACAGAACGACCCUGUCGGAUCCAGCUCCAUUCCCACAGAAACGCAGAGCCAUACGCAUUCAAUGAAAACGCAGUCAGCCUCAAUGGAUUGCUUAGUUUCAGAUCAGCAGGAGUUUAAAUAUAGAAAUGAGAGGACAGAAAAUGAUAUGGUGGAUUCUGAGGGCACAGACAACAGCUUAACCUUACAGGUUGAACCACUCUGGGGUCUGGAGGUAUCCAAAUCCCCCAAAUGAUCAUAGGACUGUGUUUUGGGAAGACAAUGCAGCAUGAUUAUGAUCGCUUGCUUCUGAAUAUCUAUUCAAAAAUGAAUGUUUUUAUUUUGAUGAACACUGGCAUUUACUAUUGGAUAUAUGGACGUGGAUUAAAAAUGUUGCUUGGUGA